AGGCAAUUGACCUGUCCCAUUCUUCCCCAAAUCAUCAAAAAUGUCAAGAACUCCUACUAUAGAUUCUUGUACAGUGGAAACCAGUGAUGGGGUCAAGCUCCAUACCACAAUUUUCAAACCAAACCCAUAUGAAGAUGAAGAAGAAGAAGAAGAAGCAUUAGGUGAAGAAAUAAGCAAAAAUAGCUCAUGGGUUGUGGUUUUAGUUCAUCCAUAUUCAAUAUUAGGUGGUUGUCAGAGUCUAUUGAGAGGAAUAGCAAGUGGGUUAUCAAGAAAAGGGUAUAAAGUUUUGACCUUUGAUAUGAGAGGUGUUGGAAGAUCAACUGGUAAGCCUUCUAUUACUGGGUUUAAGGAAAUUAAGGAUGUGGUGGCUGUUUGUAAAUGGGGUUGUGAAAAUCUAUCUGUCAACAAGAUUUUGUUGGUGGGUUCUUCUGCAGGUGCACCAAUAGCAGGCUCUGCUGUAGAUCAGGUUGAACAGAUUGUGGGCUAUGUAAGUAUUGGUUACCCUUUAGGUUUAUUGGCAUCGGUCCUCUUCGGGCGACAUCACAAAAACAUAUUAAAGUCGCCUAAACCAAAGCUCUUCAUCAUGGGGACACAAGACGGAUUCACCACCGUUAAACAGCUGAACAAUAAGCUUAAAUCUGCAGCAGGACGUGUCGAGACUCAUCUAAUUGAAGGUAUUGGCCACUUUGAGUUGGAAAGCGCUGCCUAUGAUUCCCAGAUGGUAAUUUUUAUUGCAGAAUUCAUCAACUCUUUGUAGUCCUCAAGAUCUGGCGUUGCACGGGAAGAAUUUACGACAUAAUGUGAUUCCCUAUGAACGACAUCCAAUCUUCUACACGCGGUGCAGUAUCAUAAUCUGGUGUUUUCUAGCUGGUCUCCAAAUGAAAAAUGAGAAAGAUGGAGUUGGGGUUGAUUUUGUGUGUGUGUGUGGGAGGGGGGGAUGAGUUCACCGUGGAGGGUGGCCAGGGGCGGAUAGAUAUAUGGUAGGGAUUCGAUAGAACUCAAUAGCUUUGAAACUAGUGACAAGCGAGGGAUCGUCAGAACCUAUAAAUUUCAAAUCUUGGCGGAUGCCUCAGAGGGUGUUGGUGCUUUUUAUGAUUCUAAAUUUUAUAUUUUAACUGAAUUGUCACUUGGCUGUUGUGUGUGAGCAAUGAUAGUGUAUGUGCAACACCGUAAAUACUUACUCGCAUCGAGUGUUUAUAGUUGACUUGUA